AUGAAGGUUGUUUCUCACAGUUCUAAUACUCCAUCUCUCAAAGUCGUGCGUGGAUCUGAUGUAUCUUUGCGAUGUGACUUCCCUCUCCUGUCUGAAUCCUCCACAUUGCACUGGGAGAAAGACGGAGAACAAAUAUCCAACACCACACUGAUGUACAACAACUCUGCCUACAUCAUCUUACACACUGUUGAUGAACGCAGUGAAGGGACAUAUUACUGUAAAUUGAUGGAAGAUGGAAGAGUACAAACUGUUAGGAUUCACACACUUAAUGUCACUUCACAUUCACACAAUGGAAGAAAAAAAAAUCUAAUUUACAGACAAAGCUCCAAUAAUAGUGAUGUAUUACUCAUCUGCAAAUCUAGCAGGAAAUAUGACAGCUUGAAGUGGACCUGGGAGCCGAGUCCUAAUUCACAGAUUGAUCUGAUAGCCUUUGAAAAAGAAAAACAAGUUCACUUAAAAGGACCAAUUAAACCAGGGAGAUGCUCUUCAGCCACAUACAACAGUCAAGCUUUAAUCUUUCACAUCUCACCUGUGAACUUCAAUUACAGAGGGACGUAUAGGUGUAUUACAGAAACUGGCAUCUACACAACAAUAAUACUACACACCAUCAGAGUCUCAGUGAAGCCCCCUGAUGGUGUGUUGAGGAAUCAGUCAGUGGUUCUUACCUGUGAGCUUUCUGAAGUAACUGGUUCAGUGAUGCUGGUCUGGCUCAUGAUGGAGGGGAACAGAGGAGUUCUGGACAAAAAGCAAAUUAUGACUGAGAAAAAUAACAAGUUACAACUCACAGUGAAUCUAUCCAGCUAUGAAACAGACCCGAUGAACUGGCAGUGUGCAGUUUUUACUGAGAAUACACUCAGAGCUCUGGCCCCCAUAACAAACAGUCUUACCUCAACAACUACAAAUGCUCCAAGUAUGUCAACAGAAACUUCAAUUGUAACAAACCAAAGUAAACAUGCAACGGCUACAGCAUCCUGUGUUUUGGCUCUGUUAACUGGGAUUCUGCUUGGAGCUCUCUUGUAUUACUGUUACAGGAAACGUAUGUCAGUGCACUCUGACCCUCAGGAGUCUGAACCAGUCUACAUCAAUAUCAGCCAAAUGAGGAAUGACAGAGUAGAGCGCAGCAGCACACUGGAAAACAGAGAAAACAGUCCUGAAAUAUACCGUAAUAUAAGACGAAACAGAUAUGGAAAAACAAACAUAAAUAAAAGAGAUGAGACAACAGUUACAUCAGACAGUGUAACCUACGCAACAAUUUAUUUCAACAAAUCCAGGUUCCAGACUUAGACAUAACUCCCCAACAUUAUUAUGAAAACUUAAGGAAGAGAGAGUUUUGUCAUUUGUUUAUAGUGUUUUAUUUAAGCUUUGUGAACGUCAAACUAUUGUAUCAUGGAGAAAGUAUAACAUUUUCUUUAUAUAACAGCAGAUAGCGCUGUCUGACUACAUAAGCUACCAGCUGAGUCGGUUUAGGGGUGUUGUUGUAUGACCAAAUACAUCUAACUGCCUUCAGUAAACCACCAUGAAUAUUAGUCUAACUGGCUGAAACUGUAUAACUGCAUCCCUCAAUUAAUGUUGUGUUAGUCACAUGUGUACAAGCAUCAACUAAAGUGAAUAUCAUUAUGAUUUUACAUUUGUUAUGGUAUUAUAGCCACCUUCACGUAAGUGCAAGUAUGCUGAUGAAAUGGC